UUGUAACCAGAAGAAUAUUCUAAAAAUGGCUCAAAUUAAAGGAUUGUUUGCUCUCCUCGCUGUGGUGACCAUUGUCCUAAUGGUGGCCAACUCGGCUUCGGCCGUGGAUUGCCCAUCUGGAAGAUUCAGUGGUCCUUGCUGGGCCUGGGAUGGAGAGCAGUGCCGUCGCCUCUGCAGGGAGGAGGGACGUGUCAGUGGACACUGCAGUGCCAGUCUGAAGUGCUGGUGCGAACAAUGCUGAGGAUCCUCACAUCGGCCAACGUGCUCAAAUUUACAUAUGGUUGUCCGCAUAUGUUUAAUGUAUUUUUUAUUGUUUUGAAAAGGAAAAUAAAGAAUAUACUUCUC